AUGAAGGUGUUCUACAUCAACCUUCCAUGGAAAGUUAACGAAACAGAGUACAACUGUAGUUCAAGAAGCCUUGAUGAAUGGAGGGGACGAGGUGCUGUUGAUGUACUCCAGGGCACGUACUUUUUGGUAACUGGCACAAUUUUUUUGACAGUAUUUAUACUAGUAAUGAUCGCAUUGGUUCGUGCGAACCUUCUGAAAAUUCCUUGCUACAAACUGAUGUUCUUUAAUGGAUUUAUCGAUGUAUGGUGCCUAAUCUUAGGCUCAUAUUUUGUUGCCUAUUUUCAAUACGAAGGUGCAGUGUAUUGCAGCAACACUACUCUGAGCCUGAUCAUUGGACACAUGGUU